UUUGACUUCAUGGCCUAGUGGGAAGGGGAAGGCAAGUAUGCAAGACAUUUUUUUUUCUUGCCUUGGUUUACAGAGCCUACACCAGCCAUCAAAAGCAAUCUAUUGUUGGAUCUCCUUUAGAACAGACUCUAGACUGAACAUCUUACGUGACUUGUGAACUACAGGCAUUCCUUCCAAUUGGAGAUAAUUACAUAGACACAACAGUGUGCUUAACUAAACUCAUACAUACGACUUAAGCUACGUAACAAGCCUAAAGACCUAAACAAGAAGCUGGUACCUCUUCGAACAGUAUCUGGGGAUUUCUGUGUCUCAACAAUGAAGCUUUUCCAUAACGUAUUUUAUUAAACUUCUAAUAACGCUGUACUUUUGAAGAGAAAGAAAAACAAUAUCAAGUCUCCCUGGAAGCUGACCAUGGCUGUGCAAGAAGGCUAUCUUGGCCUUUUCUUUACACCCUCAGUAAACCUGGCCAUAUCUCUCGUCUCCAUUUCUGUGGCCUUGCUCGGUGUCUUUAGCAACAUCCUCAUCAUCAUCAUCUUCUACCAUGUGUAUGGAGUCAAAAGGUUCCAGAGUAUCCUGUGGAUCAACUUGUCUGGCUGCCAGAUAGCUCAGUGUUUCGCGAUGGUCUUUGACACACUUGGAAACCACGUGACGUUCUUCGGCGAUGGUCAGUGGAUGUGUGGAGCAAGACACUUAUUUCCCAUCUGCAUGGAUCAAGUCUUCCUGGGAUCUUAUCUUGUUCUGCUGACCGAGAGAAUGGCCAUAGUCCACUUGUCCAUGUUUCACUCGCUGAUCCCAAAAUUGUACACAAUCUUGCUGCUGUACGGCUGGUCUUUCGGGCUGAGUUUUCUGUUCCUGCUUCACAAUGACAUCUUGAAAUACAAGCCUCCCUUGCAGUGUUUGACUCCAUUCCUAAACCAGCUCCCACAGGAGUCUGCAACUAUCUCCUUGUUUUCUAUGACCACCCUGGCUAUUCUGAUCUCUCUGGUCAGUGUCAUGCUGAGCGUGCCCCAGACUGCCAGCAAGGUGGAGAAGCUCAGGCAAGAGAUCGAAGGGAAAGGCGUGACUGUCACACUUUUUAUUGGUUCAUUAGUACUGCUUCUCUCGGCCCCACGACAUAUUUUGUCCCUGUUGUACUGGAUGGACUCUAUGGACAUUUUGACUUUCCAGGUCUACAGCAAGAUAAGCUCCAUGAUACUCAGGCUGAAUGUAUUGCUCCCUUUCAUCGGCCUGAUGAUACGACAAGAAUUCAGGGCCGGCGUCUGCGCUUUGAUCACCUUCAAAUCGCUGGACCCCACCAGAAAGAAGAUAGCCGGCCAGGAAAACUAUAUUUCAACUGUCCAGAAGAUGGUCAUCAAUGAACGCCAGAAGAUUGCCGAUAAGAGAAAAAGUACGAUACAUGGCCUUCCAAAAGCAAUGUCCAGUAGCUCUUUGCCAGAGGUGCGUCCAAAAGGGAUGAGUCUAAUAGACCUGAAGCCCCGAAAGGAAAUCUCCUUGCUGACAGACGAAGAUGUGUCAAAACUGAGCACCACCUCGUCUAUAGUCUGACGUAUUGAAGAGAUGGAUGUGUGGUCUCGCUAGCUGGACCCUUGAGUUCAUCGGCAGCUAGGAUUUACAGCAAGGAUUUACAGCUAGGAUUUACAGCUAGAAUGUACAGCCGAUGCAGUCUUCCUCUGUUCUGAUAAUUUGAUGAUCUUACAAUGUUUUACUUUAACUGCAAUAUCUUCCAAUGCGCUGUUCGGUCUCAUGGUCUUCGAACACAUUGUUUGAAGAGGUCUUCUUUGUGUUGAUUACUUUGAGGAUCUUCAAUUUUGUUGGUUUAAUUAGAGCAUCUUUCAAUGCGCUGUUCGGUUGAAUGUUUAUUCACAGCAAGGGAUUUUUUAAAGAUUAUCUUCUAAAAUUUAAUGCGAUGAUCGAAAGGCUAUUUAGAUUUUUAUUCCAGGACAUGAUCAAAGAUGUACUUAAUCGAACUUAAUGAAUCAACCUUUUUUUCUUCUUCUUCUUCUUCUUCGUUCUCAUUGUUAUGUUGAGUGUUCAGAUGACUGGACCAAUAUAUGAGAUGAACUGCGCAGUGGUUUCCAAAUCAGGGAGCUCUCCAUAUAGUUUUCUUUCUAUUGGGGUGAUUUGGGGCUAAUGUCUUAUACGGGCCUCUUGGUAAAGAGAGCAGUUUUGGAGGACGUGGUCGGCAUUCUCUGGUGAUACUCCACAUGGGCAGAUUUCACUGGUUCCAAUUUUGAACUUCCGGAACAUGUGUUGUCGCAUUCUGUUGUGUCCGGUCCUGAGUCGAAAGAUUAGACGUUGGUCUUGUCGGGAUAGCUUAUAGUAAGCGUCAUCUUUCUUGUGAUUUGGAUGAGAGCUCGUCCAUUUCUCAUUUAUUUUAUUUAACCUUUUUAUUAUAGUGGUGCUAGAUAGUAUUGCGGAAGCACAGCGGCUGAUUGGUUAAGCGCUUGCCUUCCGAACCUGGGGUCCUGGGUUCGAACCUCGGUGAAAACUAGGCUUUUGAAUUUCGGCAUUUUCAUGGCGCCCCUGAGUCCACCCAACUCUAAUGGGUAUCUGGCUUAAGUUGGGGAAAGUAAAGGCGGUUGGUCUUAGUGCUGGCCACAUGAAACACUGCUCGUUAACCGUUGGCCAAAGAAACAGAUGACCUUAACAUCAUCUGCCCUAUGAAUCGCAACGUCUGAAAGGGGAAUUUUACUUUUAGAUAGUAUUGCGCUCAGUAAAAACAUUAUAGCGUUUGAAAAUAAGGACAUUUGUACUUAAAUACUUUCAUCUACUCGUAAAACACUGUUAAGGAUUACAAUCGAAAAAUCCAUCAUUUGGUUUUUCAUAUAAAAAAAAAAGAGUUACUAUCUUCUGUUUUGUAAUCAAUGGAAUAUAUUGAUCAGUAGCCUGCUUACUUGUGCGGAUGGUAAAGUUAAUUACAUCAUCGAUGUGUGUGUUCACAUCUUUGAUUACGUUUAUACGUCUGCAUAUUGAAGUAGCCACCCAUGCGUAGGAAUCUGAUUUUGAUACUGCUGAUUGCGCCUGGGAGAUUGUCCGCUCAAGUGGACUACUUUCAAAGUUUAGAAGUUGGUUUGUUUCUCUGCCCGGGGAAGACCUUGUUCUCGAGACGUUGCGCGUGAAAGAUGUUUAUUGAGCUGAAGAUUAAUGGCAUCCGGUUUUAGGAUGUCUCUGACUGAGCUAAGAGCUGGUAUUAUUGGAAGGGAGGUCAUUUAGGGCGUACGUGGGUCGGGUCAUCUAGACCAAUAUUAAAAGACUAAUAUUUUGAAGAUGGGCUUUGAAUACAUUUUUUAAAGAAAGAAAUAGUAAUAUUAGACAAAAAAAAACGAUUUAUUGUUACAAGGCCUUGAGUGUGUUAGAAUUGAUAAUAAUUUAUAGGACUGAGGAGUGAUUCAUAGGGCUGAGAAGUUGAUUCAUGGGACUAAGGAGUGAUUCAUGGGGCUAAGGAGUGAUUCAUGGGGGGAGAGGAGUGAUUCAUGGAUUGAGGAGCGAUUCAUGGGGCUGAGGAAAUGGUUCAUAGAACUGGAGAGUGAUUCAUGGGCCUGAGAUGUGAUUCAUGGGGCCAGGGAGUAAUUGUACCGAUGAGCCAAACUCUAAAAAUCUAAUCUAAAUCUCAUUCAAUGAAACAAUCCUAAUGAUUAUGAGGAUACAUUAAUGUUUAUAGAUUCAAUCAACUUUUGGGUUGACUGUGAACGUUGGAACAUUGUACAAAGUUUUUACUUAGAUCGUAUCAAAGGGGCACUACUCGCUCCCCUACAGCAUAAGCUAUAUCAUGUGUGAAGCUAGUCCGAAAACAAAGCCAGACAAACAGUCGACUUAAUCAAUGUAAUUAACUUAAUCGACAUGAUUGUCUUCAUUUCCUAAAGACUCAAAAUACUGUUUCUUAAUAUUUUUUUCCCUUUUAUUGUAAUUUUCCUUUUCACACCAAAUAGUAUUAUUGUGUGUAUUUUUUUUAAAAUUGGAAUGAUACAUGUUUCUUCUCUCCUUUAGUAUUUGGUUGAAAAUUAAAUUGAGAAAAUUUUA